AUGGCUUCGCUUGCUGCACUUAGAGCCUCCAAUGCCCAGCUCACCAGCGCUACCCUUCCAAAAAUUGCCGUCUUUGUUGGUGGAACCUCAGGGAUUGGACGCGCAACCUUGACGCAAUUUGUCAAUCAGGGCUACCCUCUGAAGGCCUACAUUGUCGGUCGAAAUGAGGAAGAAUUUAGGCCGGUCCUGCGCGAGCUACAUGCUUCAAAUAAGACAGCCGAGUUGAUAUUCCUGGAGGGGCAAAUCUCUCUCAUGGCAGAGACAAAGCGCCUCACGGAUGAGAUCCUUCGCCGUGAAGAACACAUCGACCUGCUUUAUCUCUCCGCUGGCUUUCUGCCGUUUCUUGGACGCCAAGAAACUUCUGAAGGCCUGGGGCUUGCAACCGCCGUGGGAUAUUACAGUCGUCAGAUCUUCAUUCAACGCCUGCUCCCACUUCUUCGGGCGGCAUUCAACCCUGACACUGAUCAGUAUUCUCCCCGAAUCGUGAAUGUUCUAGGCACGGGCGUUGAAACAACCGACUUGUAUCUGGACGACCUUGAGCUAAAGCAACCAGGACACUUCAGUGUCCAAAGCUAUGCUCAUCACAGCGCGACCAUGACCUCCGUGAGCCUCAAACGACUCGCUGAGCAGCCAGAAAACAGUGGAAUCACUUUUAUCCAUCAUCACCCGGGUCUUGUCUCUACUGAAAUUUUUAAGAAAAGUUGGGGUGAUCAAUGGAGCGAGGAUAAAGUGGCAGGUGGUCCCAAUGCCCCUUCAGAUAUCACACGAUCCAGCCCCGAGGAGGCGGGAGCACGUUCUAUGUAUGUGAUGACUGGCUCUCAGUAUGGUGGGAAUGGUAUUGCCUUGACAGAGGGGCAGAAGAAAGGGCUCACCGUCAACGAUACGACAAAGGGGUCUCUUUUCUGUGUUGGUGACAAGCUGGAAACAUUGCAACUCGAUGGGCUUCUAGGGAAACUGGAGAGAAACGGUGCUUCCGCCAUUAUUUGGAACAAGACCAAUGAGUUGAUUGGGUAUUACCUUUGA